GGUCGCUGCUGAACUAGACACCGCUAGCUUCGUACCUGACCGCUACAUUAACUUAGCUGAUUGAAUAUUCUAAUAAGAAGUUCAUUUGCUAUGCUAUUAAUAAUGAAAUAAGACAGACGAUUCGGUCUGUCCUUGGUGUCAUUUUGUCAUGUUCCCUUGGCUCACGCUUUUAUUGAGCCUUGGUGCAGUGCUCGGCUUGUUUUUCUGGUCUCGCAAGGUGUGCCUUUCCAUAUUUGCAGCCUGUUCGUGUCGUCCAGUCAUGGCACAGCAGGAUGGUGCUGCCAAGAAGAACCCUGCAGUCGCGGCAUUGCAUUCCCACUUCAUUGUGGGAUCUGUGUCAGAGGAGAACUCAGAGGAUGAAACUCAAGUGAAGCCAGACAUGCAGUUGGAAGACAAGGAGACGCGCUCCCUGUCACCAUCAUCUGGGAGCUCAGACAGCACUUAUGAAAUGGGCUUUGACCACAUUGAUGGCCCUAUACACAAUCUAAGAUUUCCAUACUUGCUUUGUCCUGUUACGUUUUGUGUAUCAAUUGCACAACAACGAAGAGGGCCAAGCAUGUCUGGGCUGCAUCUGGUGAAACAGGGCAGAGAUCGCAGACGUAUUGAUCUGCAGAGAGACUUCACUGUUGCUUCUCCAGCUGAAUUUGUUACACGCUUUGGUGGCAAUAAAGUCAUUGAGAAGGUGCUCAUUGCUAACAAUGGCAUUGCAGCAGUAAAGUGCAUGCGUUCCAUUCGCCGCUGGGCCUAUGAGAUGUUCCGCAAUGAAAGGGCAAUCCGCUUUGUUGUGAUGGUGACCCCAGAGGACCUGAAGGCCAAUGCAGAGUACAUCAAAAUGGCAGAUCAUUAUGUGCCUGUGCCAGGAGGGACAAACAACAAUAACUAUGCCAAUGUGGAGCUCAUUCUAGACAUUGCUAAGCGCAUACCUGUUCAGGCUGUGUGGGCUGGUUGGGGUCAUGCCUCAGAGAACCCCAAACUUCCAGAGCUGCUUCAUAAGAAUGGCAUUGCUUUCAUGGGUCCUCCAAGCCAGGCUAUGUGGGCCCUGGGAGACAAGAUUGCGUCCUCCAUUGUGGCUCAGACAGCUGGCAUCCCCACUCUGCCAUGGAGUGGAAUAGGGCUGACAGUAGAAUGGUCAGAGAACAACCAAAAGAAGAAAGUCAUCAAUGUUCCUCACGAUGUAUACGAACUUGGCUGCAUUCAGGAUGUAGAGGAUGGCUUGAAAGCGGCUGAAAACAUCGGCUACCCAGUAAUGAUAAAAGCCUCAGAGGGAGGGGGAGGAAAAGGCAUCCGUAAGGUCAACUCUGCAGAUGAUUUCCCUAACCUCUUUAGACAGGUCCAGGCAGAGGUUCCAGGGUCACCCAUUUUCGUCAUGCAGCUAGCCAAGCAUGCCCGUCAUUUAGAGGUCCAGAUCUUGGCUGAUCAAUACGGAAACGCCAUUUCCUUAUUUGGUAGAGACUGUUCUGUGCAGCGGAGACACCAAAAAAUCAUAGAGGAGGCUCCAGCAACCAUUGCAACUUCAGAUGUGUUUGAAGAUAUGGAAAGGUGUGCAGUCAAGCUGGCGAAGAUGGUGGGGUACGUCAGUGCAGGUACAGUUGAGUACCUCUACAGCCAGGACAGCAGCUUUUACUUCUUGGAGCUCAAUCCUCGUCUGCAGGUGGAACACCCCUGUACCGAGAUGGUUGCUGACGUCAAUCUGCCUGCCGCACAACUGCAGAUUGCUAUGGGCAUUCCUCUUCACCGGAUCAAAGACAUCAGGAUGCUUUAUGGGGUCCAGCCCUGGGGAGACUCUCCUAUUGACUUUGAGGGUUUAUCUACAGCUCCAUCACCACGAGGCCAUGUCAUCGCAGCACGUAUCACCAGUGAAAAUCCUGAUGAGGGCUUUAAGCCAAGCUCUGGAACAGUGCAGGAGCUGAAUUUCCGCAGCAAUAAGAACGUGUGGGGCUACUUCAGCGUUGCAGCAGCUGGAGGACUCCAUGAGUUUGCGGAUUCCCAGUUUGGACACUGUUUCUCUUGGGGCGAGAAUCGUGAAGAAGCCAUAUCCAAUAUGGUGGUGGCCCUCAAAGAGCUAUCUAUCAGAGGAGACUUCAGGACCACAGUGGAAUACCUCAUCAAACUACUGGAAACUGAAAGCUUUCAGCACAAUAGCAUUGACACCGGCUGGCUGGACAGGCUUAUCUCAGAGAAGAUGCAGGCUGAGCGUCCCGAUACCAUGCUGGGAAUUGUGAGUGGUGCUCUUCAUGUGGCAGACGUCAAUCUGAGGAAUAGUGUGUCUAACUUUCUACAUUCUCUGGAAAGGGGCCAGGUGCUGCCAGCGCACACACUACUCAACACUGUGGAUGUGGAGUUAAUUUAUGAAGGUACUAAGUACGUCCUGACAGUGACACGUCAGUCUCCAAACUCCUAUGUGGUCAUCAUGAACAACUCCUCGGCUGAAGUGGACGUCCAUCGGCUCAGUGAUGGAGGCCUUCUGCUGUCGUAUGAUGGCAGUAGCUAUACUACGUACAUGAAGGAAGAGGUGGACAGAUAUCGCAUCACAAUUGGGAACAAGACUUGUGUGUUUGAAAAGGAGAAUGAUCCCUCGCUGCUACGUUCUCCUUCAGCAGGAAAACUCAUCCAGUACACAGUGGAAGAUGGCGGACACGUAUUUUCUGGCCAGUGCUAUGCUGAGAUAGAGGUAAUGAAGAUGGUAAUGACCCUGACAGCUGCAGAAUCUGGCUGUAUUCACUAUGUGAAGAGGGCUGGAGCAGCACUGGAACCAGGAUGUGUUAUCGCUAAAUUGCAGCUGGAUGACCCAAGCAGAGUUCAGCAGGCAGAGUUGCAUACAGGGGCCUUGCCCUCUAUUCAGGCAGUAGCUUUGAGAGGAGAGAAGCUCCAUAGAGUCUUCCACAACACACUGGAUCACCUUGUUCACAUGAUGAAUGGAUAUUGUCUCCCUGAGCCUUUCUUUGGUGCUAAGCUGAAAGAAUGGGUGGAACGGCUGAUGAAAACCAUGCGAGAUCCAUCUUUGCCACUACUGGAGUUGCAAGACAUCAUGACUAGUGUUUCAGGUCGAAUCCCACCUGCUGUGGAGAAAGCCAUUAAAAAGGAGAUGGCUCAGUAUGCCAGCAACAUCACUUCUGUACUCUGCCAGUUCCCCAGCCAGCAGAUUGCAAAUAUCCUAGACAGCCAUGCUGCAACGCUUAACAAGAAGUCAGAGAGAGAAGUCUUCUUCAUGAACACACAAAGCAUUGUCCAGCUGGUACAAAAGUAUCGCAGUGGCAUCCGAGGUCACAUGAAGGCAGUGGUGAUGGAUUUACUCAGACAAUAUCUGAAAGUAGAGAUUCAGUUCCAGAAUGGACAUUAUGACAAGUGUGUGUUUGCACUGCGUGAGGAAAACAAAGGUGACAUGGCCAAUGUGCUGAAUUACAUCUUCUCUCAUGCACAAGUCACCAAGAAGAACCUGCUGGUUACAAUGCUGAUAGAUCAGCUUUGUGGUCGUGAUCCCACUCUGACAGAUGAACUGAUGGCCAUCUUGACUGAACUCACCCAGCUCAGCAAGACGACCAAUGCCAAGGUGGCACUGCGUGCUCGGCAGGUAUUGAUAGCUUCCCAUCUUCCCUCAUAUGAACUGCGACACAACCAGGUGGAGUCCAUCUUUCUCUCUGCAAUUGAUAUGUACGGACAUCAGUUUUGCAUUGAGAACCUUCAGAAACUGAUCCUGUCUGAGACCUCCAUCUUUGAUGUUCUGCCCAACUUCUUCUACCACAGUAAUCAGGUGGUCAGGAUGGCUGCACUUGAGGUGUAUGUUCGCAGAGCCUACAUUGCCUAUGAACUAAACAGCGUUCAGCAUCGUCAGCUGAAGGACAACACAUGUAUAGUAGAAUUCCAGUUCAUGCUUCCGACGUCACAUCCCAACAGAGGGAACAUCCCCACUCUAAACAGGAAAAUGUCUCCUCCAGUCCUGGACAAUGUAAAAGCCAUGGAGAAUAAAUUAGAGGAAACAAAAACACAGGAUGUUAAUGCACAGGAUAGUAAAUCUCAGGAUGAUAAUGCUGAGAAGAAUGAUGCCCCAAAUUUGGAGUCUGCAGACAGGAUGUCAUUUUCAUCCAACUUAAACCACUAUGGGAUGGUGCACGUGGCCAGUGUGAGUGACGUCCUGCUUGACACUUCUUUUACUCCACCAUGUCAGCGAAUGGGAGCCAUGGUCUCCUUCCGCUCCUUCCAGGAGUUCACCAAAAACAUUAUGGACGUGUUGAGCUGCUUCUCAGACUCUCCUCCCCCAAGUCCAACCUUCCCAGAGGGAGGUAAUCCGGUUCUAUACGGUGAAGAAGACAACAAGAGCACCCAGGACGAACCUAUACAUAUCCUAAAUGUGGCUAUAAAGACUGACAGUGACAUUGAUGAUGACGGGUUGGCAGCCAUGUUCCGGGAGUUCACCCAGUCAAAGAAAUCUCUGCUGUUUGAACAUGGCAUCCGUAGACUAACUUUCCUUGUAGCCCAAAAGGAUUUCAGGAAGCAAAUCAACUGUGAGGUGGACCAAAGGUUUCAUAGAGAAUUCCCUAAGUUUUUUACAUUCCGUGCCAGAGACAAGUUUGAGGAGGACAGGAUCUACCGUCAUUUGGAGCCAGCAUUAGCAUUCCAGUUGGAACUCAACCGCAUGCGCAAUUUUGCACUGACCGCUAUCCCUUGUGCCAACCACAAGAUGCACCUCUACCUGGGUGCAGCACGUGUGGAAGUGGGCACAGAAGUUACUGACUACCGCUUCUUUGUGCGAGCCAUCAUUCGCCACUCUGACUUGGUCACAAAGGAGGCCUCUUUUGAGUACCUUCACAACGAGGCUGAGCGUCUGCUGCUGGAAGCCAUGGAUGAACUCGAGGUGGCUUUCAACAACACCACUGUGCGAACUGACUGUAACCACAUUUUCCUCAACUUUGUCCCCACAGUCAUUAUGGACCCAUCAAAGAUCGAGGAGUCUGUGCGCUCCAUGGUGAUGCGCUACGGCAGCCGACUGUGGAAACUCCGUGUCCUCCAAGCUGAGUUGAAAAUUAACAUCCGCCUGACGCCCACAGGGAAGCAAAUCCCCAUCCGACUCUUCCUUACCAAUGAAUCUGGCUAUUACCUGGACAUCAGCCUCUAUAAAGAGGUCACUGAUUCCCGAACGGGACAGGUGGGGCCCAAAGAUCGACAGAUCAUGUUCCAAGCAUAUGGAGACAAGCAGGGUCCGUUGCAUGGCAUGCUCAUCAAUACCCCGUAUGUCACCAAGGACCUGCUGCAGUCUAAGCGCUUCCAGGCACAGUCUCUGGGCACCACUUAUGUCUACGACUUCCCAGAAAUGUUCAGACAGGCUCUAAAGAAGAUGUGGCACUCAUCUCAGGCUUAUUGCCACUUACCCAAAUGUCCUCAGCCUUCUGAGCUGCUCACGUUCACAGAGCUGGUCCUUGAUCCCCAGGGUCAGCUGGUACAAAUGAACCGACUACCAGGAGGCAAUGAGAUUGGUAUGGUGGCAUGGCGGAUGGCACUGCGUACUCCUGAGUACCCAGCAGGACGGGAGAUUAUUGUUAUAAGCAAUGACAUUACUCACAAGAUAGGCUCAUUUGGGCCACAGGAGGAUGUGUUGUUCCUCAGAGCCUCAGAAAUGGCACGGGAGAGCGGCAUCCCUCGAAUCUACAUCGCAGCCAACAGUGGCGCCCGCAUUGGCCUGGCAGAGGAAAUCCGACACAUGUUCCACGUGGCCUGGCAAGAUCGAGAUGACCCAUAUAAGGGGUUCAAGUAUCUGUACCUCACACCUCAGGAUUACAAAAAGGUUUCAGCCCUGAACUCUGUGCAUUGUGAACAUGUGGAGGAUGAGGGAGAAUCCAGGUACAAGAUCACUGACAUUAUUGGAAAGGAUGAAGGACUCGGUGUGGAGAAUCUGAAAGGGUCUGGAAUGAUUGCUGGAGAGUCCUCUCUGGCUUAUGAGGAGAUCAUUACCAUGAACCUGGUCACAUGCCGAGCCAUAGGGAUUGGUGCCUAUCUGGUCAGGCUUGGACAGCGAACCAUUCAAGUCGACAAUUCACACAUUAUCCUCACCGGAGCUGGAGCGCUCAACAAGGUUCUGGGUAGGGAAGUGUACACAUCAAACAACCAACUUGGUGGAAUUCAGAUCAUGCACAACAAUGGCGUGACCCACAAUACAGUUUGUGAUGACUUUGAGGGAGUCUUCACACUCCUGCAGUGGCUGUCCUUCAUGCCCAAGUGUACAUCAAGUCCAGUGCCCAUCCUCAAUGCUAAGGACCCAAUCGAUCGGCCAGUGGAGUUUGUUCCCACUAAAGCACCCUAUGACCCACGUUGGAUGUUAGCAGGACGUCCCAGCCAGACACCGAAGGGGUCCUGGAUGAGUGGUUUCUUCGACCAUGGUUCAUUCAUGGAGAUCAUGCAGCCAUGGGCUCAGAGUGUGGUGGUGGGCAGAGCCAGACUGGGUGGAAUCCCUACUGGAGUGGUUGCUGUAGAAACACGAUCGGUGGAGCUGUCAAUCCCAGCUGAUCCAGCCAAUUUGGACUCGGAGGCUAAAAUCAUUCAGCAGGCAGGACAAGUGUGGUUCCCAGAUUCUGCUUUCAAAACAGCUCAGGCCAUUAAGGACUUGAACAGAGAGGGUCUGCCGCUCAUAGUGUUCGCCAAUUGGAGGGGCUUUUCUGGGGGAAUGAAAGAUAUGUACGACCAGGUGCUGAAGUUUGGGGCCUACAUCGUUGAUGGGCUGAGGGAGUACAAGCAGCCAGUACUAGUUUAUAUCCCCCCCCAGGCUGAGCUGAGGGGGGGCUCCUGGGUGGUUAUAGAUCCGACCAUCAACCCUCGUCACAUGGAGAUGUACGCCGAUAAGGACAGCCGAGGUGGCGUUUUGGAACCUGAAGGAACAGUGGAGAUCAAGUUUAGGAGGAAGGACCUAGUGAAGACCAUGAGAAGAGUAGAUCCUGUUUAUCUGGGUUUAGCUGAAAGACUGGGUACUCCAGAACUGAGCACUCCUGAUCGUAAAGAGUUGGAAACCAAGCUGAGGGAGCGUGAGGAGUUUCUGUUACCGAUCUAUCACCAAGUGGCUGUACAGUUCGCAGACCUGCAUGACACACCAGGUCGCAUGCAGGAAAAGGGUGUUAUCACGGACAUACUGGAGUGGCAAACAUCCCGCCAGUUCUUCUACUGGCGUUUGCGGCGUCUGCUACUAGAGGAUACAGUGAAGAGAAAAAUCCAGGUGGCCAACAGCGAGCUGACUGACGGCCAGAUCCAGGCCAUGCUGCGCCGCUGGUUUGUGGAGGCUGAGGGUGCUGUGAAGGCAUAUCUAUGGGACAACAAUGAAGAGGUGGUCGCCUGGCUGGAGAGACAACUGGCUGAAGAGGAGGGCGCUCGGUCUGUCAUCGAUGAGAACAUCAAGUACAUCCGCCGCGAUCACAUCCUUAAACAGAUCCGCAGCCUCGUUCAAGCAAAUCCAGAGGUUGCCAUGGAUUCUAUUGUACACAUGACGCAGCACAUCUCACCCACACAGAGAGCUGAAGUGGUGCGUAUCCUGUCCACCAUGGAGACGUCAGCCUCCUCCUAACAGGAGCCGGCCCUCUCCGCUCGUCCCAGGCUGGUUCAAGCUCAGCUCAGGCUUAACCAGCGGGAAGGAGCCCGGCUCAGUCAGACCUGCUCCCGACCGGGAUGUGGAUCAAAACUGAGGCUGGAGGAGCCAACAUGAUGGCCCUUGGCAGCUGCCAGGUUACUAAUGAAUUGUUGGCAGUGAUUCCCAUUCAGAGUUAAAAUGGCAUUGAUUAGAUAGAAUAAUGAUUUUUGUAUUCAAGUGCAAUUGAUAACUGACUAAAGCGAUACUUGGAGACUAAAAUAUAAUAGUGAGUUUUGGUGUUCACGCAGAUGCUUCCAUGAUAAUCAGUUGCCUCCAUCUCUGUAAAGUGGAAUAUGCAGAACAAGUCACAAAGUUGUUAUAUUAAAAUGCGCCUUUUUUUUUUUUUUUUUUUUGACAUUUUCUUGUUAUGAUUUGCAAGCGUUUUGAUGACCAACUCAACAAAGACAACACAUUACUGGAGGCAUUAGCAAGAAAAGGGAUUUUACAAUCAAGUAGGGAGCACUUAGUUUCUGAACAAAGACGAGGAAGACUAUAAUAGAGUUGGACUGGAGAGCCCAGCAGGGAGCAGGAAAAUGUCCCUUUUAGACCCUGACUGUUUCACAGUUAUCCUGCAGUGAGCAAUGGGCAGCUCGCCACACAACAAAACCACAGCUGUCCCUUCUGUUCACACUCAAAGACUACACAUAUGCUGCUUCAGAUGCACUUUACUGCCCAUGCUCCCUCACACUUCACCCAGCGUCAAAUAUGCACAGUUAUCACUGUGCACGCACAAGUGUUACAAAAAAGAAAUACACUGAGUUGAUGACAGCUGAACAGAGUAACACACACAGGGAGGAUAAUAGCAGUCUCAUUUAGGAAACUGUCUUUUCUCUAUUGGACUAACUUUCUUUGCCAACUAGUGUGUUGCUCCCUCUGGGAAAAAAAAGCAACUGUUGAAUCUAGAGGAGGUUUUUUUGUUUUGUUUUGUUUUGUUUUUUUAACUAAAAGGAUAUUUUUGAAAUGGUAACACAUAAAUGGCUAAAUCAUUAAAUGUAUAUUGUGUGAAAGAACAAAGGGUACUGUUUGUUGUUACACGUAAUGGAUCUAAUUUUAACUGUAAUUCACCUUAACUGUUCUAUUUAAACAUUGUACUUUAUAUAUAUGAAAUGUGACUUAUUUUUAUUACUGAUUUUGAAUUGUUUGAAUAUGGUUCAUCUCCUGGAGUUUGUUACUAACGGACAGGCAAAUUGUAGUUACUGUCUCUUUUUUUUUCUUUUUAAGAGUACAUAAUAAUAAUAAUAAUAAUAAUAAUAAUAAUAAUAAUAAUAAUAAUAAAUACAGCACUGUUGAAGUCAGUGAUAGAUCAUUUUGUCAUAUGCUCUGCUAGAAAACAUUACCAAUGUGAAAAAGCCUCAUUGUCAGUGCUGUGUCUUGAAUAGUCUUUUCUGACAUGCUGUCCAGUUGCUUCAUAAGUGACUGUUUUUUCCUAAAAUGACAAUGGAAAGAGUUUACAACAAUGACCCUUCAAUGUGUUUGCAAACUGAAUAAAGCUUACUUAACUUA